AUUAACCCGCCUCUCAAACGACGACCAUAAUAGUCAGUGGCUCGAAAUCUGAUUCCAGAGGUCGCUCGCCUUUACACAUGUCACCAAUUAUUGCAUUAUUGCUAGUGGGGGUACCCACUAUACUCGCACAAUCAUUUAAUCAAACCCACCUCGGAUUCCCUGAAGCAUGGGAUGGAGACAAGUACAGAGAGCUUUACUGCCCAAGCAAAAAUAUCCCCAAAUGGCUUGACGGUUAUUUCCUCUGCCAAUUGUCUGCAUCAUAUGGUAACUCUUCCGCUCCAGAAGGUGAAAAGCUGAACCACAUGAUUGACGCCAUCGGUGCUGUUGGAUCAUUCCAUGUUAGCAAUGGCCAAGUUGUCUUCUCUGCUCAAUACUAUCCAGCCCGCCCAUAUAAGAUCUGGGAGUUCUACGACCGUAACAUGAGCAAGGCUAGCGUACCAUGGGCAGGAUGGUCGGACUAUAAUCUUACUGCAAUGUCGCGUUGGGAGCAAGUUCCAGCUAACCCAGAUUCUGCAAGAUUCCACCCGAAUCUUGAUUUCUGGAAGGUUGGCAACAGAAUUGUAGCAGGUACUGAGGCUCCAUAUUGGGUGGGGUAUGAAUUUGAUGUUCGAACUCUUCAAAAGUUCAAGCUUUUCCCAUUCAAAGAGGAAAAUGAUAUCUUCUCUACACCAAGACACACAAUGAUCCCAAUUUCAAUGGCAAUCCAUGAGCGUAACGAUGCUGAUGGAACAAUCUGGGGAUCGUUCUCCGCAAUGAACUUCGAAGAGCAAAGAUUCUUCCAAGGCAUCUUCACUGUCGACACAAACGGUGUUCGUCGAGUUGUUGGACUUUACGACUACGGAGUAUGGGACACAAAUGCAUGUGGUAGCAAUGAUGAAUACAUUGGCGACAAGACACUUCUUCCUGGUUACAUUCACUCGAUUACAUCAACUGAAAACUUUAUCAUUCUCCCUAUCACCUCUUUGCUCAUCAACCCAUGCAAAUUCAAAGAACCACCAUUGAACAACGUUAGAUCUGCAAUUCAAAAGGGAGGACUCUGGGGAAUGGACUUUUAUGAUAUGGUGCCAAUGAGAUUCCUCAUUUUCAACAAGAAGACACUUGAAUUCACAACCUCUAAGCCAUUGGAAGUCUUCCCAUCCAUGUUUGUAACUCAUCAAUUGAACGCUUUUGAAGCCGAUGAUGGUAACUUUGUUGCUGAUAUGGUUGUUUAUGACUCCCAUGAUCCAUACGUGAAGUACUUCUACACCGACUUCCUCACCAAACAACUGUACCCAAGCACUGCUCGUGUUCUUCGUUUCACAUUAGAUAGCAAGAAGCAACGUGUAAUGUACAAUUACCUUGUCCCACAAGAGACUAUCGCUGCCGAUUUCCCACAAUUCAACCAUAAUUACGAACAAAAGCCUUAUCAAUGGGGAUACUUGGUUCAACAUCCGUUCGCCUCUGGAAAUAGUAUUAUCAAGAUUAAUGUUGACGAGCCAGCUGGAAAUCGCAAUUUAGAAUUCCGCGCAGAGCCAACAUUAGUGCUCCACGAGCCGUGGUUUGUUCAAAAACCAGAUUCAAAGAAGGAAGACGAAGGUGUUCUUAUUGUUCGUGGAUUGGACACAGCGGAAAACAAAGGUGUUCUUAUCGUGAUUGAUGCUGAGAAAAUGGUCGAACUUGGAAGAGCCUAUGUUCCAAUUUCUAUUCCAUUCGGAUUCCACAACAGAUUUUUCUCCAAGAAAGAUCUUGGUCUCCCGGAAGGAUUCCAGGUUGGUCAAAGUCAAUACAGACCAAUUGAGAAAAAGCAAGGAUUCGCGACUCUGCCUUUGAGAAAGGUGUCCACAGUACCACCAACCACCUCAACUUCUUCCACGACAACUCAAAAACCAAGCACAACUACAACUGUCCCGAGCACAACUCCCACAUCAACCACCACCACGACAACAACUACUCCAAAACCAACAACUAGUACAUCCACGUCCACAUCAACGACGACAACAACAACGACCUCCACAACAGCCACUACAACUCCUCAACCGACAACCACAACGACAUCAGAGAAGCCUGUUACGUUGACAACACAAACAUGGACUGCUCCACCAACUACUACUGUGAAGAGAACAACGCCACAAACUGUUCCAACUACAACUCCAAAAAUUCCACGUUGGUGGCCACUAGCUGGUUCUGGAAGCACUGAACAACCAUGGUGGCAAAAGGUACAAACUGGUCAGAACACUCUUCCACCACUUUUUCCAGUUUCAAAAAGAGUGGAGGAAAAAGUAGAGAAAGUUUCGGCAAAGCCAAAUGAGAGCGACAACAAAAUCCCCGAACAAAAGCCUGUGACGGCUACUGGAUCCAUGGAUGAAAUCUACGAACAAACGCUUGGAGCACUGUGCUCAUGGCUUCCAAAAGUUUUCACUUCGAUCUCGAAUGAGUUGUGCUGGAAGCAAGGAAAAACAGCGGCUAAGUGGAUGGCUCCUCUUGCGCAGACCUAUGCCGAACGAUUCCGAAUGGGCCGUGCCAACCGAAAGGUCUCCCCUAACGACACACCAAACCUUCAGCCAUCCUUGAAGCAAAUGGCAUUCGAUGAACAGCAGCAACAAGCCGAGCCCAUCCGAUUCGGUUAAUUAAUUUUUUGCUCCGUGUUUUUUCCAUUUCCCUUUUUUCUGAAGAUGUUUAAAAACCGAGCUCAUCAAAACCCCUUUCAUGGUCUUGUAUCUUUUUUAUCCUUUUCUCCAUUUAUUUUUGUUAUCCAUAGUAGGGCGUAUCGUCCAAGAAGAGCAGGUAUUAUGCUCUUCAUUCAUAUUUUUCUUACUUCUUACUAAAUCUGGUUUGAGCGAAUGCAUUUUUGUCGAGAACAUCUCAUCAUCUUCUCCUUUCAAUAUUUAUUUUUAUUUUUCUUUCUCAUUUUUCACAGUUACUGGUCAAGAUUUGCUUUCGCGCAAUAAACUUUGCUCAAUUUUU